AUGUCCACAAACGAACCACAAACGGAAUUGCUGUAUAGGGAAAAUCUGUGCUGGAUGAUGCUUGACGACAAAAAACUUUUUCUCGGAAUUGUCGGUACCUCGAUUAUCGUCUACAAUGGUAUCCGCUUUGUGGUAAAUUGGCUUCGCGUCGACCGUUCGCCUUGGAUUCCCGUUGGGACCGUCAAAGCUCUCUAUGUCUAUCCAGUAAAAUCCUGCAAAGGCAAGAGUGUGUUCUCAAUGUACUGUGAUGCGAUGGGCCCGAUUGCGGGUGAAAUAAAAGAUCGUCAGUUUAUCGUGGUGAAUGGCAAGACAGGAUUAUUUUAUACCGGAAGACAAAAGCCAUCUAUGGUGUUGAUCGAAUGCGAGCUGCAAGACGGGGUCCUAACGAUGACAUACGUGGAUGGACGUUCUGUGAAAGUAAAACUCGAUGAGGUCCUCAAACGAAAAGAAGUAAAAGUUGCAAGAAAGAAAAGGGGGUGGGGGAGGCUUUUCCACAAUGAAAGAUGCGAUGGCCUGGAUUGUGGGGACGAAGCCGCUUCCUUCCUUACCGACAUUCUUCAGGAGCCAGACACUCGACUAUUGAUGUACACCAAGGGGCUGUACACCGAACGAGGUAUUGUGACAAAACGAACCUCGUGGAAUACGGAAGUUCCAUUGAGAACGGACAAGACGGCUUUCGCUGACGACGCCCCAUACAUGAUCAUGUCGCAGACCUCUUUGGAUAGCCUCAACGAAAGACUGAAAGAAAAGGCGGUGAUUGAGCGCUUCCGCCCAGUGAUUCUUGUCGAUAAGUGCACUGAAUGGGACGAAGACAAGUGGCUCAGUGUCCACAUUGGAGAUACGACGUUGCAGUGUUUGCAGCCAUGUUUCCGAUGCGUCAUGACAACGAUUCAUCCAACUACAGGAACUAUGGACUCGGCAGUGGAACCAUUGAAAACCCUGCGAUCGUUCCGACUGGCUCCCGAAGGACCACUACGAGAUGAACACAAGGACAGUCCAAUGUUCGGAGUUGAUGCUGGAAUCAUUACUCCAGGUUACAUCCACGUUGGGCAAACCGUCUACGUUCGUUAUAAGUCGGCUUAUCGAAAAUCGACGCCAUUUUAUUACCAUUGA